AUGGAUCGUCAAUUAGAAUCUCCCCUUCUUCUUCAUCCUCUUUCCUCACCAAAGUCAUUAUCCGCAUCAUCAACCUACGCACACAUCUCAUCUUUCCUUCCUUCCCUCCCCCUGGGACCUUCCAGAACACAACUCGAACGUCUUGCCGAUUCAUUAGGAGUAGACACUGGAAAUUUAGCUCCAUCGGAAUCAGACAGACGUGAAGCGGCCCGUGCGGAAGCUAAAUUAGCAGAGAAGAACGAGAGGAGAAGGAAGAGAGAAGAGAGGUUGUUAAUGAAAGAAGAAGAAGAGAGGAGGAGGUUAGAGGGGAUGGUAGAUGAUUAUCAAGAGGAUGAUCUGAAUGAAGGACAAAAGUUGAGGGAAGGAGGAGAGGGGAAGAAUGAUGAGGAUGAAGAUAUGGAAUUGGGUCAUCAAGAUGGUGAAAAGGUGGAAGAGAAAGGAGAUAUUGAAUAUGAUGACGAGGAUGAAGAGGAUGAGGAUGAACCGGAUAAUGAACAUCGGGAGAAGAUGAGUGACGAUCGAUGA